AUGCCCAAGAUCAAGCCUCGCAGUUCACGCCGGGCUCCGGGUCUCAAGGAUAGCGACUAUGAUCACGAGAUAAACCUAGUCGAUCAUGCUGCCUCGCCGUCGGCGCAGAGCCCCAAUCUGGAGGCCAGUCCCUCGAACCAUGCCUCCAAAAGGGACGCCACGCAGCGAGCUGAGGCCUCUUCUUCUCGGGCGCCCGAACAGAGGCAAGAUGCGCCGAUUCCGAAGAUAACCCGGCAAUCAGACUCUUUCCCCAAAGGACGAGGUCCGGCCGUGGAGGUUGAGGGAGCAACCCCCGUGGAACGUCCUCAGUCGCCCGAGGCCGCCCAGCCCCGAAAGCCACCCCGCGAAGAGCCCGAGACCGUCAUUGAUAUCCUAUACGAGAACGAAAGGGGCGGGUUUCUCUGCGGCGUGGCUCUCUUCUCCUCCAAAGCUCUGGGCAACCUAGAUCCGACCCCUUGGACCAACGCCGCGCAUAGACCCAGUCCGACGGAUAUCACGACGGCACAGGUCCCCGACCCGACAUGGGAGUGGGUCUGGCCCGAGUGGCGGGUCAAUCACGAUGACGAUACGGACGAGGGAGGAUGGGAAUACUCGUUUAUGUUUGCCAGGAAGUUCUCCUGGCAUGGCCCGAAGUGGUGGAAUUCCUUUGUGAGGAGACGAGCAUGGAUCCGCAUGCGGGCCAAAAAGCAGACCAGUGCGCAGUCCGAGAAUGACCCGCACCUGCUGAAUCCCGAGUACUUUUCCGUGCAGCCGGCGGCGAGCAUCACCCGAACCUCUAGCAGAGCUACGAGCCGGCUUAGUGGGAAGGCCAGUGCCAGCAUGACAUCGAACGCGGCUACUGAUGCGGAGGAGAAGCCCGAUAUCGAAGACAUUCCAACGCUGAUGCUCGUGUUGCGGGAGUCACGCAUCGACCGAGAGAAGAUUGAAGCCAUCGACAACUUCCUCGAGCAUGGAGAGGAGGAGCUGGACAAGCUGGAGCACGAGAUGCACGAGAUCAUGUCCUUGUUUGUGUUUCAAGCGUCGCGCAAAGUCCUUUUAUCCAAGCUCACGCAUAUGUACGACGAGACGAUGAAGGAGAAGGAGAGGCCGGACAGCGGGCCCGAGAUCAAGCGGAAGGCAGACGCCCUGUCGGCUGCCGUCAAGCAUGCGGACGAAGAACUGAAGAAGCUGGAGUACUGGAGCGAUAUCAAGGCCAUGGCCGAGAGCGGAGAGUCGAGGGGCGCCGUCGACACCAAGAAAGGGUGGGACGAGAGCUGGCAGGGAGUGGACAAGAGUGGUCCUGCGCAACCACCGGCGCCUGAUACCCCGUCUGAGGAGCGUAAAUGA